GAAAAUUAUUUUAGUUGCCCAAGUCGAGUGCAGUUGUGUGGAAGUGAAAGAAAAGCCAAAAAAAAAAACGAAAUAAGUAAAUAAAGAAAUUGAAUCAGUUAGUAAAGGCAAAGAAAAAGUGUUAAAUACACUUUCCAUAAUUAACAUUCAUAGCUGUGCUCUUGGUUACUGGCAUUUUUUGGAGUUUCCACAGCUCUCAGCUCUCUGCAGACCAAGAUUUGAUGAGAUUGGGAUUGUGCAAUGCGUGACUGCUGAUUAUAUAAGACGCACAAUUGGCCAAAAUUCAGCCAUUGAAGUGGAUCUCUCACUCAGAAAGCGAGUUUGCAAAGUUAGCCAAAUUCAGGUUGUGUUGAAAAGCCGGCAAAAUACAAAUAAUAUUUUUGCACGGGCGGAAUUUUGACAGGCUUCGCGCAAGCACAAGCAAUCGAGAAGGCAACAACUACUUCAGCGAAAAGAGCAACUAAAAGUUUUGAAGGAAAAGAGCAAAUAAUAAAAAGUGCAGGAAAAUAUAAAAUUGAAAAUAGAAAGGCAAACAAGAAGAGUGCCGCCGGCAAGAGUGCGAAAUUUAUAAAUAAAACCAGCGGAUAGAAAGAGAUUCCGGUUUCACUCUCUCUCGCUUGGUAAGAGUACUACCGCGUAAAGAACGCGAUGCCGGAGCCAUUGGGAUUGGUCUGGUCGGUGCCGGAGACAAAGGCGAAGGCGCCCAUUAUCAAGGUAUCCUGCGGCAUCGGCGACACGGAUGGCUUUCCCGCCUUCGAUGUCGAUUCGGAGGCAUACGCCACCAAAGACGAUAGCCGUUGGGGCUUCCUCAUCACCGGCGGAGCCGAGUUCCACAUGCCGCUGACAGUCUUCCAGGUGACCCCCAACGGUUUGGCCGACAAAGCGGGCAUUCGCCUGGGCGACAUCAUACUCGAGAUUAACGAGGAGGACGCCUCGCAGCUGACACUGUCCCAGGCCCACGAGAAAAUCAACUUGACGCCGAAGAAGAUACAUUUCCUGCUGCGCAACAUGGACGAGGACGAUCCCAUGGGCCAGUUCGAGGCCGGAGAGGAGAAGUCGAUUGUGAUGAGGGUUCCGAAGCCUUUGCCGCCGCCAAGUGGACGCAUAAGAGCCAGCUCCAUCGAGAUGCGUCUGCUAGAGAUGCAGCGAAAGCUGUCGGCCAUAGCCGAAAUACCCAAAAUCCUGUGCUCCACUUUGGCUACCGUGUCCCAGAACUUUGGUCGGAUGUCUGAAUCAGAGGAGGACGAGGAGGCCUAUGUGCAGCGCAAGUUCUCCUACGAUGAGGAUGCCCUUGACUUCGAGCUGAGGGAUGAUGAGCAGGCGGUUGACAGCGAGAGCGACGACGACGAUUUGGUGCAGGUGCAGGAGGGAGACGAUGGUGAUGAUGAUGAACAGGUAGGAGCCCCCAAAGGUGGCAAGCAAUCAAAGCUGCUGAAGGAUGUGACGCCGGAAUCGGAUUAUGCAUCGGAAGCCAAUUAUCCGGCAAAUGAGGCAAGCGAUGACACGGAAUCCGAUGAGGCCGAUGAGCCUGGCAGCACCGUAUAUUUUAUGAAAUUGCCAGCGGCACCAGCCGAGGAAACAACAGAAGAUGAAGAUGACAGCAGUGACUUCUUGAACACCACCUACACCUGGAAUCUCCGCAAUGUGCCCAAGCUGCGCAUUAACGAUGCCGAGGAAGAAGUUGAACUGACACUGGGGCAUCAGGCGAAGGAGGUGCCUGAGGUGGUGGAGAGGAGGAAGGAGAAGGAGACUCACUUGGAACCUGAGGCACCAAAAGUGCGCCCAGCCACGCCUACUCCGCAGGCACCGCCCCAAGAGUCCGCCGAGGGGCAGACACAAAAGUUACUCUUCCGAAUGGAUAGGAUGGAACGAUCUUGGCCCUGGGCGGACCGUGAGAAAAUCAUCUACAAGCAAUCUACUUGCCAUUUGGUGCCACGAAAGCCGCUGGGAUUAGUAGGGCAGCGAAUGCAGCUGCUGCUCAAGGACAAAAAGGAGUGAAUUCAAGGAGUCAAACCCAAUGUUAAACAGUUCCUGCCAUUAGCUUAAGUUUUAACCAGAGAGAGGGGAGGAGGACCCGAGAUGAAAAGGGUGAAUGUGAAGUGGCCAACUUUUAAUUGAGUUCAUUAUGCAAAUACACAGAGGCGACAACGGCAGCCUCAACUUCAGCAGCACUUCAAUUAAAAGCCGCACACCCUGGCGUAUGCGAAAAACUCUAUUCAAACACAUUUCACACCCAGCCUUUCAGUCGGUUGAAAAUUUUUUAAUUAAAGUGCACUCUCCGGCGGGUGUCAAAAAAUCACUGCCAAGUCAAAUACGAGUAUACAAAUCCAAACCAGAGUCAAAAUUAAGACAAACCAGAAACCGAAACUAGACCGUACCACAAAGCCAAACUCUCCUCCAACUGGCACUUGCAACUUGGCCAGGUUUAUGCAUUAUUUGUGACCCUCUGCACCAUAAAUUCCAGUUGAAGGCCAACGCAAUGCACUUAUCCCUCCGACAACAGGACGUGCGAGUCACGCAGGAUACGACAUCGGGGCCAUGACGAUGCCAAAAUAUGUUCCUUGACUUUUACCCUUACUUUCAUAAGUCUUCAUUCGCUUUUUAGAUCAGACAAGUUUGCUUCAAGCUAUAGAAGUGAAAUGAUUUUUUUUAAAUAUGAUUUAUAAUUGAAGUUUUCUUAAUAGCAAUCAGUAUAUUUCAUUAAAUUGAGGUUUAUUAUAGAUUGUUUAAAGAAAAUUCUUGAAAUCAGUAACCCAAUUUUGAAAUGUUGGUUUUCUUUUUAAUAAUAAAAGAAAUUAAUAGUAGGUGUGUAUACAA